AAGAUGAUCAUGUAGGAAGCUUCUUCUUCAUGAAGCUCUUUUGCUUCAAUAAUUCUCUAGCUUCCUUCAUCCUUUUACUGGCCAAAAAUACUAUUUAAGUGCUUCUUUCUUCUGGUUUGCUUAUCAAAACAAAAGAUUUAUCAAAUGGCAAAAGCUUUCAAGGAAAUGGUUUUUGAAUGGGAAUAUCUCCAUCCAAAAGGCUCAGUUACUAAUGAGCAGGAGCUGAGCCCAACUGAGUUAAUCCCAGUUGCUGAUAAGAAACUUGAAGAUGAACUGAAGGAAGAAGAGAUUUAUGAAGAGCAAGCAGUUUUUUCUGAGCAGAACCUGGUAAGGGAUGAAGUUUUAGCUGUUGAGGAAGAGAUUGGUUCUCAUGAGAAUGAAGAAGAAACUGAUUGGGGGCUGCAAAGCUUAUUGUUCAGAGAGGAGGAAGAAGAAGAUAGUAAGAUGGUGGAGUUCAAAGAUCCAAAUAUCAAAGAAAAAGAUAACUUUGAAGCUUUCAAAUUGAAAAAAUGGCUUAGUUCAGUGAUAAUGGCAGCUGCUACAAUCUCUAUUUUCAUCUUUGGUGGAGGAAGAGUGGAACUAACGGGCAAAAGAAAGAACAUCCAAUCUGCAAUUUUGAAAAAGGAGAAUGUGAAGGACAUCUUUGUUCAGCAUCAGCAAGCUGCUUCAGCAUCCUUUUCAUUGAGUGGACACUAUGAUGAAAGGUUCUGAUGUGAAUGGGCUCUUCUUUCAGAAGCAAUACAACUCUUCACUUUGGAUUAUGAAGCUGUUUCUGCUCUCUAUGCUAAAGAGUUGGGGAGAGGAUACUGUUUGGUUCAAUAAUAUUGUAUUGGAAAAAUUAACUAAUUAGAGGUGAUUGCUCUUUUUA